UAUGCGCACAAUUGACAGCAAAAGUAAGAACAUACAUUUAGUUAUAUACAAUGACAACUUCAUGUUGGAUGUGGGUAGUCAGAAGUAAUUACUGUCCGUCAAAAAUUUUGUUAUUUCUAUAUCCAAACUAUAUUUUUUUUAUGUAAAAAGUGAAAAAAUAAUUUCAUAAACAACGUCUGUCGUCGAAAAAUAUCAAGUUCACUUGUUUCUUGUAAUUUAAACAAGUUUAUUUUGUGCAUAAACAUUCUCAGUGCCGCACUUGCUAUUGUUGUUGCCGUCAUUUGCUCACAAUGGGCCACAAGUGCAGUGAAGACGACUGCAAACGCGAUUGCGUGUCGGGUCCAAAAACGAAAUGCAAAAAAUGCAAUACCCUUUGCUAUUUGUUGUGCUACGGCUUUGAAAAAGCGAAACACAACCACGUCAAAAUCAUUCUGCCAAGUGGUGCAAAAAUUGCUGUCGAUCCGAAAACAUUGAUUUUUGUCUGCGACAACUGCGAUGUGUUGAUAUCAAACGUCAUACCGAAACCGGGCGAAAAAAAUGACACAACGAAUGGCUCUGAGCUGUCUCCGAAGAGAACAAAAACCGCUUCAUUAGCUGCUGAAUUCAGAGAAUGGAGCAAAACCAUUUCGUCACAAGUCGAGCAAUGCAAAUUUGUUAAUCGAAACGAGCAAUGCAACGAAAAACAUGCAACGAAAAACAUGCAACAAAACAACGUACAAAAAUCAGUUCCGUCAAUAAAUUUCAAACACACUCCGUCCUCGAACUGUGCCAGUAAACCAAAUGUAAACAAACCGCAACAACGUCAAUUCUCAACCGUGCUCAAAUCGACUAUCACAGCAACAGCAAAAAAUUCGGCCAAGUCUGGCAAACGUAAACACAGUGAAAUUACGCUAAUUGAAAAUUCAUCGGCAACACUCAUUGAAUCUGCACCUAUUCCAUCGCCGAGAAAUGGCACGGGUAACUUUCAAAUUGGUAAACCAGUGACAAAGAAACCUGCCAAAGUACCGAAGUCACCAAAACAACGAUUGGAUAAGUCAGUUGGGGUGUCUAAUUUUGAUAUCGACACCACCGUAGAAGAAAUAAAUGAGCACAUUCUCAGUGUUACGACCAUUUCCGACGCUAAGAAGUUCCGAUGCAUCAAAUUGAUUAAAAAAGAGCAAGACUUGAGCAAAUUGUCGUUCGUUUCUUUCAAAAUUGACGUUGUGAGCGAUCACUUCGAUGAACUGAUGAAUAGAGCAAAUUGGUCAAGCGAGAAUUUAGUUCGUGAAUUCGUGAAAAUGAAAUUGCCCGAAAAGUCAAACCCUUCGAUUGAUAAACCCAAUUCAGCGUCACCAUGCGAAACACACACGGCAAAGUCACAACGCAUUUUCGAAAAUGCAAACGAUCUGUUGGGUUUCAACACACCGCAAAGUGCCAAAUCACACAGCAACGAGCAAAAUUUUCGGACGUCACCACAGCCACCCCAAGCAACGUGAAUUUGAGAAAUUCUGAACGAGAAAACGGCGAUAAUGCGCAAUUCAACGGUCUUGAAUGUGACCCUCCAGGUAACAUUUUAUUAAACAGUAUAUGUUCUCUACGAGCGAGUGAUACUACACCACCAAUUAAUUCGAGUCAAAUUGAUUCCACACAGAAAAUAAAAUCCGAGGAGUACAUUUACUAUGAAAACAUACACAGCAUAGUAUCGAAGUUGGACAUCAAGUACAGAAUAGCAGCAUCGUUGUAUCGAAUACUUUGCUUCACCAAAACCUGGCUCAGCGAGCAUCACAAAUCCGAUGACUACUUUCCGGCCACACUCAAUGUAUACCGGCGCGACAGAGAAACUUUGGGCGGCGGUGUAGCCAUUGCAGUGGAUAAAAAACUCGUAUCAAAACGUAUCAACGAAAUCAACCAUCCAACGUGUGAAUGUGUGUGUGUAAGAAUUGCAAGCAAACCGAAGCCGUUAAUAGUUUAUGUUGGCUACGUACCACAAUGGCAGCAAAUAGAUAACGUAGCGUAUUCAGUGCAUUUUGGUUUGAUAAAUCACCUCUUCACAAAUUACGCCGAUCAUCGCAUAUUCAUCUUGGGUGAUUGGAAUUUAGCAAGAGUGAGAUGGGAAGCCGAUGACUCCGAAAUGCAUUACUUGCCAACAAAUUUAUCUACACACACGAGAUCCGAGUAUUUUGCGAUUGCAUCUGAGUUUCUAUUGGGCAUGCAGGAACUACCAUCAUUCCAACUGUCCAACAUAACAAACAUUGCGAACAACGUACUUGAUUUGGUAUUUGUCGAUGAACCGAAUGAUACUACUGUACGUGAAGCAAACACAGCCGUUUCAGUUCAAACUGAUGUGUUUCAUCGUCCACUUGUCAUAACAUUCAAAGCUGAGCAGCGUACUGCCGAAACCGAGCUUAUUGAAGUGUUUUGUUACAACAGAGGGAACUAUGCACGCAUGAAACUUGAACUUGAAUCACUCAAUUUUGCACAUGACUCAUUGAAUGUUGAUGCGGCAUAUGAAUUUUUUCAUGAAACCAUGAUUCGACUCAUCAACGAAAAUGUGCCGAAGAUACAAAUCAAAGCAAAACAAAACAAGCCAAAAUGGUGGACACCACAGCUCCAGUGGCUAAAAAAUCGGAGAAACAAAAUGUACAUACGAAUGCCAGUGGGUGAAAUCAACGAUGAUUACAUUAAUGCACUUAAGGAGUUCGACGAGCUGCACGACAAGCUGUACAAUGAGUAUAUUUCAAAUGUCGAAGAGAACAUUCGUCAAAAUCCUGCCGAGUUUUGGAAAUAUGUGAAAAGUGACAGCGCAGCAGCAGACUAUCCAGCUGAAAUGAUGUACGAGGGAGAAAUCUGUGAUAAAAUGGAUGGAAUCGUAAACCUGUUUGCCAACCAUUUCGAAAAAUCAUACAGCAUUGACAAUACAGUCAUUGACAUCGAAGAGAUUUAUCGCAAUGUACAGGAAAAUGGCAUCGACGAACUCAACGUAUCAAUGUUCGAUGUUGAAAAAGCGAUAAACAAAUUGAAAAUAAAAGGGAGUGUUGGACCCGAUGGAAUUCACCCAAGAGUCAUCAAGGAAUGCGUCGAUUCACUCAUUUUCCCGUUAUGGCUAUUACUGCGAAUGUCAUUGGAAGCCGGCAAAAUAGCUGAUGUUUUAAAACCGUCGAGAAUAAUGCCGCUCCACAAAAAAGGUGAUCGUAGCAACGUCGAAAACUACCGAAUUAUCGCAAUCAGCUCGGUGAUUCUGAAGAUAUUCGAAAUUAUCGUGCAUGACAAAUUACUCUGCACUGUCAAUCCAAGGCUGUCAAAUGCACAGCACGGUUUCCGCCCAGGCAGAUCAGUCACGACGAAUCUCAUCAAUCUAUCGAUAGCAGCCCAUACGGCGUUGGAGAAGGGAAUUCAACUGGAUGUUUUCUAUGGCGAUUUCAAAAGUGCGUUUGAUCGAGUAUGCCAUGCACUACUUAUUAAAAAACUACCGAAGUUUGGCAUCGCCAAAAAGACAGCAAAAUGGAUACUUGAUUUCCUAACGCAUCGCACAAACUACGUGCAAAUCGGCAAACACAAGUCAAGAGUGUAUGAAGCAACAUCGGGUGUUCCAGCCGGUAGCACUUUGGGCCCUAUGCUUUUCCUGAUAUUUAUCGACGAUAUCACUGAAAUAGUCGAAAGAGCCAUAGUGUUGUUAUUUGCUGAUGACAUCAAAAUCUACAUCGAAAUCAAAACCGCAUCCGACGUGUUCGUGUUGCAAAGGGACAUCGACAUAAAGCUGUCAACGGACAAGAAGUUGUCCGUCCGUCCGUCCGAAAAAAAUGAAAACUUUUGACGGACAAAUUUUGUCCGUCCGAUAGUUCGGACGGACGGACAAUGUCCGAAUUAUUUUAUUUCGGACAAACGGACAACGGACACGGACAGGUUUUGUACGAAACAUUUCGGACACGCUUUUUUGUCCGAACAUUCGGACAGUCAGAAUGUUCGGACACGUUUUCGGACGGACGGACAAUUUUUUGUCCGAAAUUUGUCCGAAAAUUUCAAUGAAACUAAAAACACGUUUUUCCCGUCCGUUCGCCAAAAAUUUCAAUUUUUCAACAAAUGGUUCGCGUAUUUAACGCUAAUAAUUUUCCGACGGAUGUUCGUAUCUUGAUAAGUACUUUCUUCUGAUACUUCUUAAUGAAAAUUGUAUGAAGAAAAAUUCUCAAAACUAAUAAGAAAAUUAAUCAAACUAUUUGUUCUUGUGUAAAUGUUGUGUUGAUUAUUAAAAGAGCAUAGAAAUUUUUUUUUUCGGACGGACGGACAGCAAAAAACCACUUUUUCACUUUUUUGUCCGUGUCCGUUGACAGCUUUACAUCGACAACCUAUUGAAAUGGUGCGAAAAAAACAAGCUCCACUUUAAUAUAAAAAAAUGUGCAAUCCUAACCAUCACGAAAUCGAAUGCUCCAGUUAAUGCGCUGUAUAAAAUGCACGAACACACACUCGACCGUCAAGACGAAAUGCGCGAUUUAGGCUUGCAAAUUGACAAACGCUUUACAUUCAUAACACACAUUGAAAAGGUGAUAGCAAGUGCACGACAAUCUCUCGGUCUCAUAAAAAAGAUUUCACGUAGUAGCUUCUCUAUAACAACGCAGAUGUUAUUAUAUACGGCCUAUGUUAGAUCAAAACUCGAGUUUGGUGCAGUGAUUUGGGACCCAUACCAAGAGAUAUAUAAAAAAUGUGUAGAAUCGGUUCAGAAAGGUUUUCUCAUAUAUUUACUGGGUACAGAUAGCUUAGAUGAAGGGCAAUACAGAUUACCACCGUAUAGAGAAAGAUGUCAAAUAGUGGGAAUGCAGACACUCGAGGAUAGAAGAAAGAUAAUAAAUUUAAUGUUUGCUUUCGAUAUUCUCCAUAAUAAUAUGUAUGAUGUAAAUGUCAGUUCAAAUUUUGUUCCGUCAACUAGAAACAGAAGACUUAGGUCGCACAAUAUGCUAACUAUUCCAUUAUAUAGAAACGACUACUCGUACAACCAACCAAUAGCAAAGUUAAUGAGAUUGAUUAAUGAAUUUUCUGUGAUAUUCGAGAAUGUAAAUAUGUUACAGAAGCAAUUCAGUGCUACCGUUGUACAGUUGCGCCCAGUUUUCGUACAGAAAAUCGAACCCAGCAG